AUGAAAAAUAAAGGUAAAAAAUAUGAGCUUAUGUAUAGUGAGUGCUCACGUUUGUUUUGUACCUCUCAGAAGAUAGAUGAUGAUGCCGUAAAGUUAUGGCGCGAAACAAACGACAGUAUGUAUUGGGUCUACAAGGGUUGUAGACCUGAGAAAGAUGAAUUUGGGAUAAUCGGAUUACAAGUCGCAGGACCUCUGUUACGAUUAACGGUACUUAUUAGAGAUGGUGCCAGUGUGGAUCAGUAUUAUCACUUACAUGAGUCAGAAAUUCCCGUUCAAUAUUCAGAUUCUUGUAUAGUGGCGGAAUUUAUAAAAACUUUAUUGAUACUCCAUAAUAUUUUAAUCGUUAACAUGACAUUGAUACCUCACGGGUCUUUACCCAAGUCAGAAAGGCAAAAAGAAAAUAGUUCAACCGUUGAUUCUGAUUCAGAUUAG